UGACUUCUAGCCUGCUCUGGCCCAGGUGAUCACAUGACCACUGGGGACUUUGCACUGGGGCUUACAGGAAGAGUAGAGGCCUGGCCUGCAGGCUGGGGUCUUGCCAGGAGCGGAGGCCUUCCUACUUCCUUUGCUCCACGGCGGGUUGUCCAGUGGUACACAGCUCCUCCCAUCCUGCCCUGCAGGUCCCUGACCAGUCAGUCCAUCCAGGACCUAAGGGAAGUACUGCCAGGGGGAAGGAGGAGGGAGAAGGGAGCCAGCUGGGAUCCUGUGGGAUGAUGGUCUGUGGAGCUUCCUCAAAGUGAACAGGCUAUGGCGCAGGCUGCUGGGCUACCGCAGGUCGGCACUACUUCUGGCCAGCCCUAUGUGAGCAAGCUGGUUCUGCUUGGAAGCAGUUCUGUGGGCAAGACCAGCCUGGUCCUUCGAUACAUGAAGCAGGACUUCAGCAGUGUCUUGCCGACUGUGGGUUGUGCAUUCUUCACGAAGGUGGUGGAUACGGGCUCCUCAUCUCUGAAGCUUGAGAUCUGGGACACAGCUGGCCAGGAGAAGUACCACAGCGUCUGCCACCUCUACUUCAGGGGUGCCAAUGCUGCACUCCUGGUAUAUGACAUCACUCGGAAGGAUUCCUUUCACAAGGCCCAGCAGUGGCUGGAGGACCUGGAGAAGGAGUUCCACCCAGGAGAGGUGGUGGUGAUGCUGGUUGGCAACAAAACGGACCUCAGUGAGGAGCGGGAAGUGACCUUCCAGGAAGGGAAGGAGUUUGCGGAGAGCAAAAACCUGCUAUUCAUGGAAACCUCGGCCAAGCUGAACUACCAAGUGUCUGAGGUCUUCGGCACAGUUGCUCAGGAGCUACUGCGGAGAGCGGGAGACAGGGGGAGCAGCGCGCAGGAAGGUGAGGCGGUGGCUCUGAACCAGGAACCUGCUGCCAGGAAGAGCCAGUGCUGCCCAUGACAGACUACAGUUGCUGCCACUGCAGGGAGCGUGCAGACGACGCCGGUGCCUCAGGUGCCAUCAGCCCGAGUGACAUCUUCAGAACAAGGCUGACGGCUUUUCGUUCAUAUUCUCUGUUGAACCUGGAUUAUGCCUGAGCCCUGGAGGCUUCCAGAAGUUGGCUUCCUUCAUAAUAACUGCUCGCCAAAGCUUCCGGGAACUGCAGCCCCACCUUACCAGAUACCACCAGAUUCCUGGAUGCCCUGAGCCAGUGUGCCUGCCCCGCCUGGGCUUUCCCAUUCAGUUGCCUUGCUACAGCACAGGCGAGUUAAAACAGAGCAGAAGCACGAACUGGAAAAAUUCCUUGAUCCAUGUGAUGGAAAGGCAGAUGCUUCAUCGUGGGGCAGCUGGUCCAUAACUGGACCACCGUGGUCCUGGGAGCUGCCUGGGGAGCAGGGGGCUGAUAAGGGCAUCAGUGCAAGGAAAACAAUUGAAGAGAUGAGCCCGUGGUGGUGGGUCUCAGUGAGGUGACCCUUGAGAGACAGUCUGGAGUGCCUGGGAUAGAAAUGUCCCCCCUCCAGCUGGGGAUGGACAGAGCCAGGACUCUAGAGUCUCCAUUGUAUUGUACAUGCGUCCUUCUUUCUAAACAUUAAAUGUCUUGACAAUCUGA